ACAUGGCGUCGCUUGGCCAGUCACUUGGCAGCCAAGGGCCCACCCAAACAAAAUAAUAAAAAUUAAAAAAAAAAUUGAGCUACAUAAAGGACCGCUGACCUGAGCCAAUUCACCGUUGUCUUUCUUUGUUUCAGAAAACAAAAUCUUCUCUUUUGAUCGGUCGGUUUUAUAAAUUAAUCAAAAAAUAAGAAUAAACAAAUGUUUCUCUGAUAAUUUGUUUUCUCUGCAAAUCCUGGGAAGGAAAAUUUGUCCUUUUUUUUAUUCUUCUUUUGUUAACGCGUUGUGAUUCUGAAGCUUUCGUUUGGAGAAUCCUAGUUAACUCGCCGCGUUUACUCAGAAACCUCUUUUAAAUUUGUAGGCGGUGAGGAUGUCAACUCCAGCAAGGAAGAGACUGAUGAGGGAUUUUAAGAGGUUGCAACAAGAUCCUCCUGCAGGCAUUAGUGGUGCUCCUCAAGAUAACAAUAUUAUGCUCUGGAAUGCUGUUAUAUUUGGGCCUGAUGAGACCCCAUGGGAUGGAGGUACGUUUAAACUGACACUUCAGUUUACGGAGGAUUAUCCAAACAAGCCACCAAUGGUUCGUUUUGUAUCUCGAAUGUUCCAUCCAAACAUUUAUGCAGAUGGAAGCAUCUGUUUGGACAUUCUACAAAAUCAGUGGAGUCCAAUUUAUGAUGUAGCAGCGAUAUUGACAUCUAUUCAGUCAUUGCUUUGUGAUCCAAAUCCAAAUUCUCCUGCAAAUUCAGAAGCUGCUCGAAUGUUUAGUGAAAACAAGCGUGAAUAUAAUAGGAGAGUACGUGAGAUUGUGGAGCAGAGUUGGACUGCUGAUUGAUAGCUCACGUUUUGGUUACAUGGACCGUCAAAAAUAGUCCAAUGGCCUAUCUGUCUAAAUAACAUUGACACUGAAAAUGUGUUGCAAGCAAACUAUUUUGACUUUUAUUACGUUGUUUGUUUUAUGAGGAUGGAUGGAUGAUGCUCCCUUAAUUGAAAUGAUUGUUGUAUCUUCUCGUUCUUCAUUUGUUCAAAGGUAGUUUAAACUGUUUUUUAAG